AUGGCUGGCGCAAAGAAGAAGAAGAAGCCCGCCGCUAACCCUGCCCGUGGCUUCGCGACCACCUCCAUCGCUUCCAAGCCCAGGCCUGAACUCUCCGAGUCUGAUUCGAAGCCUGCGAGCGCUGCUGCCAAGGGCCCAGGUGCCCCUCCAUCGACGCAGAAAGAUGCCCCACCAUCGUCGACUGCGACUCCUGGUGACGCGACUGCCAGUGCUGCUACUCAGGAAAAGCCGCUGAGCCCUGAAGAGUUUGAGAGGCAAUUGGAGGAAUCCGAGCUUCAGCUUCUUGUUGAAAAACAUGCUAGCAAAACAAAGAGGGAUGCUCAGCGCCAGAGAACUCGACUGGAUACGGACCGUCGGCUUCUCCGUGGCCAAGCGGACUCGGUGAAUAGCUUCAAGUGGUUGCCCCAGGAGCUGAUGGAUCACAUCCUCGACAUGAUCCAAGCUGAGAGUCGCUUUUCAUCCUCCAGCUUAACCUCGUCCGAGAAUGGCGGUGCUGGAAAGAUGCCUCCCGAGGAAGACAUGAUCACUCGACUCUGGACUUUGCAGCAAACGCUCUCCGCCGCCGAAUUUCCCACUGAGCGUGUUGCGGCCGUGAUACGUUACAUACUGGACAUCUCGCCAAAUGUAUCACCCACAAACAGAGACUCGAUCUGGGGCCUUGAGGAAGCUCUCGAUUGGCUGGCUCGGGAAUGCCCCCUUGACGAGUUGCCCUCGUACGAGCCCAAGUCGAAGCCCAUCCCUAGAAGUACUACUGAAACUCCUCAGGAAAGCCCAGUUCCUACUCGAUCAAGCACUCCUCGCCACUUUGAGUCAAAGAACGGCCGCAAGGGUAAAACUGCCGGCAUCGGCCGACCGGCUAAGACCGCAGCCAAGAAAUUGGUUGUCACUUGCGAUAGUGAUAUCGAACCUGACGAGCUUGUUCCAAAGUAUCUGGAGACUAAAGCCAAGCUUCUGGAGUUCGAGCGUGGCUACCAUCGGUUGGACAAAUCGCAGGCUGCUGAUGUUGACGAAGAGCUUGCUGUCGCAAAGCUUGAAGCAAAACUCAGAAAGAUUGAAUCUGAUGUGUUGUUUGACAAGUACGAAGCCGAGCAACUAUGGAAAGCUCAGAAAAUCAACUUGGAGAAACAGCUUGCAGCCGCAAAGAAGGAGGCCGAGGCACAGGCAGAAACACAGAUGGAAGCUGCUUUAACGCCGGAUGAAACAGCGCCGGAAAAGACGGAUGAGGACGAAAUCAACGACGAAGCGAAUCGGAUCGCUGCUGAGAUUCUGGCUGAGGCGAACGAAGACGACGACGACGACAUAGGGGGACUAUUUGCCUCCUUACCCCAGAACGAAGUCGACGCCAGCACUGGAGAGAGCCGCACUGUUGUAAAUUCAGCCGACGGAUCCAAGGUCGUGAUCCGGGACUUUGGAAAGUGGACAGGAGUCAGUCCCAGGAGGGCUUUGGAGGAGGCCUGUCGCUCAAGAGAUGCGACGGCGAGAGUCUCGUACAUCGUUGUAUCGGAUGUAUCUUUUGCGAACCGUUACUCGUUGGAUAUUUUCUGGACGAAAGCACAAGAACUGCCGUUCCCGGCUACCUCGUCCGAUGUUGAGAUUAUUGCUGAUCCCUUCCACUUCACCUUCACCAUGACCGGCAUUGCUACACCGGACUCGAAGCAGUCUGAGGCUUACAUCUCCACGGCAGCUCUGUUCUAUACUUUCAGUGGGAAUCCCAAAGAAGAGAAAGUCGGCCUUAGGCUCCCACAUGUGUGGAAGGAUUUCUGGACCGAGCUUGCUGAAGCCAGGAAAGCUCAAAUCGAUGAGCAAGACAGAGUCGUGGUUAAAGACUUAAGAGCAUUACAAUCCCGAAUGCAGCUUCCCAUGUGGCACUUCAGACAGCAAGUGCUGGACGCUGUCGAUGGACACCAGGUCGUGAUUGUUUGUGGCGAGACCGGCUGCGGCAAGAGUACUCAGGUCCCAUCAUUCUUGUUGGAGCAUCAGCUGUCGCAGGGAAAGCCCUGUAAGGUGUACUGCACAGAGCCUCGACGUAUUUCUGCAAUCUCUCUUGCUCGCCGAGUGAGCGAAGAGCUUGGUGAAAACAGAAAUGACCUUGGCACCAACCGGUCUCUGGUUGGCUACUCGAUUCGGCUGGAGGCCAAAGCCUCGAAAGAAACGAGACUGGUGUAUGCGACCACUGGUAUCGUGAUGCGAAUGCUCGAAGGCUCAAAUGACCUCCAAGAGGUAACGCAUCUGGUGCUCGAUGAAGUUCACGAACGAUCGAUUGACAGCGACUUCCUCUUGAUUGUUUUGAAAAAGCUUCUCAAGCGCCGGAAGGACUUGAAGGUUGUCCUGAUGUCAGCUACGGUUGAUGCUGAGCGUUUCUCGGCGUAUCUAGACGGAGCGCCUGUUCUCAACGUUCCUGGACGAACCUUUCCAGUCCAGGUCCGCUAUCUCGAAGAUGCUGUCGAACUUACUGGAUAUACGCCAGCAGACUCUCAGCCGGACAAGAUGGUCGAUAUCGACGACGACCUGGCUGAGAGCGAAGGGGAAAACCCAAAGAGCGAUGUCUCGAAGAGCUUGACAGGAUAUUCGUCGAGGACACGAUCGAGCCUGGCCCAACUUGACGAGUAUCGCAUCGAGUUUGACUUGAUUGUUCAGUUAAUAGCCCACAUUGCAGUCGACGAUGAUCUCCAAAACUAUAGCAAGGCUAUCUUGGUAUUCUUGCCAGGUAUUGCAGAGAUCCGUACUCUCAAUGAUAUGCUUCUUGGAGAUCCAAGGUUCGCCAAAGAGUGGCUUGUCUAUCCCCUCCACUCCAGCAUUGCUACAGAGGAUCAAGAAUCGGCAUUCUUGAUCCCACCUCCCGGCAUACGCAAGAUUGUUCUUGCUACCAACAUCGCAGAGACAGGUAUCACCAUUCCCGAUGUCACCUGUGUGAUAGACACUGGCAAACAUCGUGAGAUGCGAUUCGAUGAGAGACGACAACUGUCACGCCUUAUCGAUACAUUCAUCUCGCGCGCAAAUGCCAAGCAAAGGCGUGGACGAGCCGGCCGAGUGCAAGAGGGACUUUGCUUCCACAUGUUUACCAAGUAUCGCCAUGACAACUUGAUGAGCGAUCAGCAGACCCCUGAAAUGCUCCGACUCUCCUUGCAAGAUCUUGCGAUCCGAGUCAAGAUCUGCAAGAUAGGAGGAAUUGAGGAGACCCUAGGUGAUGCCUUGGAUCCCCCAUCUGCUAAAAACAUACGUCGCGCCAUUGACGCUCUCGUCGACGUUCGUGCUUUGACGCAAGCCGAAGAGCUGACACCGCUUGGACAUCAACUAGCUAGACUGCCUUUGGAUGUUUUCUUGGGAAAACUAAUUCUACUUGGAGUCAUCUUCAAGUGUCUGGAUAUGGCCAUCACCGUUGCUGCUAUACUAUCCUCCAAGUCACCCUUCUCGGCACCGUUUGGCCAGAGAGCGCAAGCAGACAACGCGCGCAUGCUUUUCAGAAGAGGAGAUUCGGAUCUUCUCACCAUUUACAACGCAUAUCUAGCGUGGAAGCGAGUGUGCCAGUCUACUGGUGGCGGUGGAAAGGAGUUUCAAUUCUGUCGAAAGAACUUUUUGAGCCAGCAGACUCUGGCCAAUAUAGAGGAUCUCAAAGGACAGCUUCUUACAUCUCUUGCAGACUCUGGGUUCCUAUCCCUCACGGAAGAAGAGAGGCGAACGCUUUCACGGGCUAGAUUUUCUGGUGGCCGUGGACGGCGACACCAACACUUUUUCGAGAUCCCACGCAGAGUCAACCUCAACAGUGACAAUGACGUGGUUUCAGCUUCUGUUAUUGCAUGGAGCUUCUACCCCAAGAUUCUCGUGAGAGAAGCACCGGGGUCCAAGGGGUUGAGAAACAUUGGUACGAACCAAUCCAUCAGCCUCCACCCAUCGUCUGUCAACCGAGGUCGCCUUGAUCUCAGAUGGUUGUCCUACUAUCACAUUAUGCAGUCCAAGACGGUGUAUCACGCCCACGAGGCUACGGCCGUGGAACCCUUCGCAAUCGCCCUCUUGUGCGGCGAUAUGUAUUCUGGAGUAAUUGUCUUGGACGGAAAUCGAGGUCGCUUCGUUGUCCCAGACUGGAAGACGAUGCUCGUUAUCAAAGUUCUCCGAACUCGCCUGCGCGAGGUUCUGACCAGGUCUUUCAAGCAGCCGGGCAAGCUGCCCACUGCCCAGCAGGAGAAGUGGCUCGACGUUUGGCAGAGAAUCUUCACGCAGGAUUUCGGGCAGGAUAGAUCGGUUGCAACUGGGUUGGCAGUCAAGGCGUGA